AGUACAGGGCACCAAGGCAAGGUUGGAUGUGAUCCUGCACUUCGGCAUGAAUAGGAGGCAAGGUCUGCCCCAGCAUCGCGUGUCUGAAGGGCUGCUAGUUGCCACAGGUUCCACAGACUGCUCUUUUACCUCUUCUAUUGGCAGCUUUUCCAUCAUCUGCAAUGAGCCAAAGGGAUUUGUCCAGGAAUUAUGAUUUGCCACUCUUCAAUAUUUUUUUUUCCCAUCAUUUUCCUUUUUUUGUUGUUUCAUAUAUUUAAGUGGUUUCUCAAAGAAAUAAAAAUGAAGUUCUCACGCCCUCUUCCCAUCUCUCCUAAAAUAGCUUUCAAACCUACUGGACAGCUUCUAACAAAUCUAACAGCCAGAUACUUCAAGUUCCUGCAGAUUUAAUUAAAGCUUGUACUGGGGAGGAACAGGAAAAUCCCAUCAUGAGACAGAGCUGGAGGAAACCAGGCUUAUGUGGUUCCAUAAAAACCUCCUCCUGUGGUAAUGUUUGCUUUACUGGGUACUUUAGGGCCAGUUUGUCGUGGAUGUUUAGGAGGAGAGGAUUGCACCAGGGGAAGUUUGGAUUGGAUAUUGGGAAAAAUUUCAUUACUGAAAGAGUGGUGAAGCAUUGGGACAGGCUGCCCAGGGAAGGGUGGGAUCUCCAUCCCUGGAGCUGUUCAAAAAAUGUGUACAUGUGGUGCUUCAGGACAUGGUUUAGUAGGCACGGUGGCAGUGCGUUGAUGGUUGGACUCGAUGAUCUUAGACGUCUUUUCCAACCUUAACUAUUCUAUGAUUCUUUGUUGUGGAUCUUCCUCUCCUGGCACCAGACAGCUCAUGGCCAAAGCAAAGAGCGUGUAGACCAUAAUGACCCCAAGUGCAAGGCUGUGGGAAAGGGCUGGUUUGGGGGAUGCUGCUAAUGCCCCCCACUCUGGCUACUGCUCUUCCAAGUGGGACUUGCCAUGCACUGUUACUUUUCUCACACCAGCUGGUAGCGCUUAGAAAAUAACACCAGCAUUUCAGUGAGGGUUUGGGUAGAGUUUUUUUUAAUUAGAUGAGGCUUUUCUUCAUUAUUUCCUGCCUCCCAUCAGAACAUGUAAAUGUAAACAGUGUUUCUGCAAUGCUGGAGCAGGUUUACCUGCGUCAGUGGAAGGAUGUGUUUCUUCUCCAAAUCCUAUGUGCCACCUCCUUCCUUCCUUCACCAGCGCAUCCGAGUCAAUGCAACUUCCAGCUCAACCUACGUGUCUGUGCACAUGUGCUUAUUAACUUUUACAUCUUAACUGAAAGGGCGGCAUACGUUUAAGCCUUAAUGAUGACAUGUUUUAUUCCCAAAUGGUCUUUAAUCUUGAAAUGAAAGAGUGAACAAAGGUAGCAGAGCGGGGCUGUUGAGCGAGGCUGCUGGCGUGCGUGUGGAUGGGAGCAACCUGCCAAGAAACGACUCCUUAGGGUUUGGAUUUGAAGUGUGUGCCUGAUGGUCCAGGGAUUGCAGCACCCGCAGGGGGCUGGAAAGGGAGGUGAUGGGCACUCCGUGGGUGAUGAAGAGCAGGAUUUAAUGAGUAGGAGCUGGGUGUGAGGUUUCUUCCAGUGCUAUAUAUAACUAUAAAAGACCAAUCUCUUUUUAUCAUGGUGCCAUGGUACAUCUCUGUGUGCUGGUCCUUGGGCCACCUCCACGCAUUUGCUUUUACCUCUUUUUAGCAUGGCUUGUUAAUAUAAACUGCCGGGUUUUAUGGGCUGGGGCUUUCCCUUGCUAUUUAUCCUGACAAUAAGACAGUUAAAGUUUCUGGAUGCUUUUGUAACACAAAAGAAGGGAAUAUGAAGCAGCUUGUCCUUGCACUGCUGUUUGAGGUGCCAGACCCCAGAGCCGUAAUUGCAGCUAUAUGGGAAAUAUUACUUUAUGGCCAAUGGUAUGGCUUAAAACCCCCUCUAAUUCCAAGUUAUAUCUGUGUCUCAGUGCUGAAAGACUGGAACAUUAAUAAGUUGAUGCUCAUCAACAAUGUUGGUGUGUUUGCAAGCCCAGCCUUUGUGCUUCAGAGGGAAUUAGGUUCUUGGCUUUUGGAGAGGCCAUUUAAAGAGGUUAAAUGUUGAACAAGAAACUAUUGCUUUGACAGAUGGAGUGCAAUGUAUUAUUGGUGAGGAGUCUUCCAGGGGCGCUCACUUUUGGCUGCCGCACUGCAAUAGGCAAGGAGAAGCUGGGAAAAAGCAGUAAAAAGAAGUGAACCCAAUACAGAGAAGUUAUGUGCCAUGCUUUGAGAUGCUGCUCUUUCCUCAUUUACUUCUUGUCUGCUCUAAGAAAAGAGGAAUAAAAAUGAGGAAAAAAAGCAAAAGGGAUAAAGAAAGAUAAGGAAGGGAAGGAAAAAAGGGAGAAAAGAUGGGGAAGGGGAAAAGGAGAGGAAAAAAAAAAGGUAAAAAAGAAGUCCUUCAAAAAGGAGCACUCAAUGUGCACUGCUAAUCAACCAGAGCCCUGCCAAGCAAAUCUUUUGUCAGAUCAUCUGCCCCAAAUCAAAACCCUGGACUCAGCAGGCCCAUUACCAGCGGUUCUGCCUACGAAGCAGGAAAGCGUAAAGCCCCUGGUUCCCUCUGCUUUGUUAAAAAGCUCUCACAGCACCAGCCCCACCUCCCCCCUUCAGCCAGCCACUAUAUAGCGGGGUGUCCAACGUUUCUGUCCAUCGCGGUUUUGGUUUGGAUCCUGCUUUUGGUCUUGGAUAGCAGCCAGCUGAAAAUGUCUCAAUACUCAGGAAAAGUAAGUAACGACGCAACCGCUUCCCUUUCAGCCUGGAGCCAGAGAGCCCGAGCAUCCUCCGAGUUGAAGGAAUAGGUUAGGAUAACAUCCCAGAGGGUGCGAUGUGAGUGAUGAUACUGGGAAUUAAUUCAGUAACGAGGACGGGGAGGGUGCGGCAGAAAGAGCGGCAUUUUGGGAGUGGAGUUUCCUGUUUAAACAUUCCUGUUGGAAAUAUGUGUGAGUGAGCACGUGGCGGCAAGAAGUGUUGUAAAUGCGGGAUGCGCUGUUCCCAGAAAAACAAAUACGGUUCUUAGGAAAAAAUUUCAGUGAUGUUGUGCUCCUCUUGAUGAAAAAGCAGCUAAAAAUAAACCCUAAACCAUCUUAAAAUGAUGUACCUGCAAGAGAUUCCCGUCUGCUUCAAAUGGGGGAUUGGGCUGUGCCCCUGCUCCCCGCUGUGGGCCUGUUCUCCUCUCUCCCUCAGAUCACUUUCUAUGAAGGCAAAUGCUUUACGGGCAGAAAGCUGGAGGUUUGUGGAAGCUGCAGCAACUUCCAGGACCGAGGUUUUCUCAACCGGGUCAACUCCAUCUGCGUCCAGAGUGGAGCUUGGGUCUGCUUUGACCACCCUGACUUCCGAGGGCAGCAGUACAUCCUGGAGCACGGAGAGUAUCCUGAAUUCUGUCGCUGGAAUGGCCGCAGUGACCACCUGGGCUCCUGCCGGCCCAUCGGGAUGGGACAAGGCUGGGACAACACCUGCAUCAACGCUCUCAAAGUGUACGGUGAUGGCGCGUGGGUGCUGUAUGAGGAGCCCAACUACCGAGGCCGUAUGUAUGUGGUGGAGCGGGGUGAGUUCAGCAGCUUCAAUGCAUGGCAGGCACGCAGUGCAAGCAUCCAGUCCAUCAGAAGAGUUGUCAACUACUUCUAGAUGAGCUUUCAUCCUACCAGCAGUGGCCUGCUGAGACCAGG